UUGGGUGACUUUCGUAACUGAAGCAUACAUGUGCGUCUUGGCAUAGACGUAUAUAUAACACUGGCUUUAUACGUCUCUGGUCUUGGUAGACUCCAAAUGAUCACCCUGAAGAAGUAAAUAUAAGCUGUUUUGUGAAGAAGUUAUAAUGAAAAAUGUCGGUUUCUAUUUCUUCCACUGUUCUGCAGAGUUCUGCUAAACAACUGAUUGCACUAUGCAGCAGAAGAAUGAUGGAGCGAAAUCUAGGCAGAGUAACAGCUUCAGCAAUCGGGUAUCGACCAUAUUCUUCAAAUACCUCCAACAAACAGGGAAAUCGAAAGAAGCUUUACUCUCUGUCUACAGCAAUAGCCCAGAGGGCUGAUGGCAUUGUUGAUGUUCCAAUUAUUAUGCGACAUGUUGGUGACAAAAUAAUACAAGAUGAAAACUACUACAAAGUGGUUCCAAAAUUGUCAGAGGAAGAAAUGACAUAUAUGGAAAGACUUGGGGAAUGCGAAACAAUUGGUGAAGUCCUACAGUUGUUAGAUAAUCAACCAGAAACACUGACCAGCCAUUUGGCAGCUCUCACCCUGAUUAAAUUGAAAAUUCAAGACAAAAAGCGAAGAGACACACAGAAGACACCAGGAAAAGCAUUUGUAAGCAAAGUGAUAAUGCAACAACUUUUCGGAAUCGCACAAAAAAACAUUGAUACACUAAGUGAUGAAAAUUUAAUUGAAUUAGCGAGACAAUUCAUGGAGGAGAAGGAGCCUGAAUCAGACAUCAAAGAAUUUAUUCUCCAUCUUAUACAGAAGAAGAUGGAGGAUAGCACACUGGGUAAAUACGCAGUGUUCAGCCUCACAGAGAUAUUGCAGGACAAGAAGCACUCGGACUUGCUUCAGGACCUCUGGCUUCAUGUAACCAGCAGAUACAUGGAACUGGACAUGGAUGACCUAUUGAAAUACCUGGAUCAUGUGCCAGCUAACAUGGCUAUCACUGACGAGCUGUUGAAAAUAAUCGAGACUCAUAUGGUACAGUUUGGAUGGCAGCUCGGCAGUAGAGGCAUAGGCAAGAUUUCGUCCAGUUUGUCGCGACUUCAGUGUAGGAAUGAAACACUGGCUUCCAAUAUUGCCAAAUGGACUCUAUACCACAUCCAUGAAAUAAAGACAGAAGACUUGUUGAGUGUUCUUGCCUAUUUUCAAGAAUUAGAGAAAUCUAAUGUUGACUUAAUCCAUGCCCUAGAAAAAUACGUCUUUGGUAAAGGGACACAAGUGAGAAAUGAAGUUUUGGGUCAAACCCUGGAGUACCUCUGCAUUAUUCGAUACCUUAGUCCCGUCAUCAUGGAUGCAGCCUCUGCACAUUUCUUGGAAUGUGGACAAAGUUAUUCUGCAACUGACCUAUACAUGAUUUUGAAACCCUACGGUUUCUUUGGAUAUGAGCCAAAAAAUCAAUUGGCAUUUUUCCAGGCAGCAGAUGUAUAUGUACCAAGGGAAUAUGCUAAUUUUCAAGGUGCUGAUAUUUACAAACUGAUGUGCUCAUUCCUAUGGUUGAACAGGAGCUCGUCUGUGUUAAGAGGUCUUGGUAGAAACAAGUGCUUGUCAAUUGAUCGAAAUGACAAAUCAAGUCGUUUUUGGUAUCGUCGAGCGAUGGCCCAGCCUCAUCCUAUCACAAUCGAAUCACUAUCACAAUUUGCAAGUGUCAUUACAACCUCAGAUAGAGACGACAACCAGCGCAGUGCAAUUACAUUCCUAAUGGCACGGGCAGCAUUGAAAAAUCUCUUACAUGGCCCUGUCAUCUAUAACAUAAAGGUGAAGGCAUAUUUGAUAGAUUUCAUGCUGAUCGUGGACGAGAACAAAGAGGAUGUCUCUCCAGAGUUACGCUACAACAUGCACCAGAUACCUGAAACUCAUAAAGUGAUACUCAUCAAGAUGCUUUUCCCAGAGCAUUUCUGUGUCAACACCGGGGAGCUUCUUGGAGAGUACUCUGCUGCCAAGAAAUUCUUUGAAAACAGCAAUAUCCAUUACAUCACGCUGUCUCCGUUGAAGAGUGGCGUACAAAGGACAACAGUUGACAUACUCCAAAUGCACUUUCACUACAAGCUUCAUCAACUAGUCAACUUCAAGUUCAAUCCAUUUAAGGGGGUGGGCAAGCAGAAACUUCUUCAGCUUUGGCAAAACUCUACCAAACAGAACAGGACACCAGUGCAACCUUGCCAGGACUAGAAUGAUCUCUAUCAAUCAAAGGACUCCAUUGUCCAAAAUAUCCCCGCCUGUCACGCGGGAGACCAGAGUUCAAUUUCCUGUCGGGAGACACAUUUGAAGGUUACACAAGGAGGCGUACAUCCCCUGCAUCAACCCUCACCCUCAACCAUACAAAUGUUUUAUGUCUCGGACGUUAAUCUGUUUAAUUUUUCAAGCUUUUGCUCAGUCAAACUACUUCACGUACCAGGGUCGACCUUGUCGGGCAAGGAAUGAAAUUCGUUGGAUGUCACAAGUGCAACCUUGUCAGGCCAGGAAUGAGGUCAAAGAGUGUGAAGUCAUCAUUGUCACCUGCCAUAACAGGAAUGACAUCUGCGUAUUAAUUGGCACCAGUGUGACUUUGUUAGACAAGGAUUCACCUCAGUCUGUAUCAUCAGUAUGAACAUGUCAAAUAGACCUAUAGACCUAUAGACAUAACAUGUAUACAACUGAUUCAGGUGUAUUUUCUUAAUGUCUUAUAUAAUGAAAUUAAUAUCGUGUUUCCACAUUUGCAUAAUAGCUACAUAUAUUUCUUGCAUAAAAGUUGCAUGAAAUGACGCAUUAUAGGAUAUUCAGAUAUGGUAAAGGCAUUAAAUGAGUACUAUUAAUACAUAGUAAAGUGUUCUGUGCUAAGUGAGAGUUCUUGGAUAGAUAGUGCAAGCAGAGACAUUUGAACUGUUUCAGUUGAUUUUUGUAGAUUCAAAACUUCUUGAAAUAGAAUUAAAGAUAAGGCCCUCUGCAUAUAUACUAAAUGCUUUGUUUUGUGUCUGGUUUGGCCUUGGUAUAAACUUUUAAGAUUUUAAUUAUUGGUAGAUUGACUUUGCAUGAUUUUAUGUUGAUGAAUAGUGAAGUGGAGCAUGAUUCCAAUAUGAGAUAGUGCUACUACAGUCAGGAGUAAAAUAAUUCAGUGUACGACUUGUGCCAUAAUAAAGAUAUAAAUGUAAAUUGAUAUUGCUUAACUUUCAAAUUAUUAUUUUAAGAUCUACCUAGUCAACUACUUCACUAAACUCAACAAAAGGAGUCCCAGUUAAGUAGAUACAUGUAUGUUCAACCAUUAGUCUAUAAGUAGAUACAUGUAUGUUCAACCUUUAGUCCAUAAGUAGAUACAUGUAUGUUCAACCAUUAGUCUAUAAGCACUGUAAGUGUAAUUUGACACACAUGAUUUUGCCUACAACCAGAUUAAAGUUCAAAUAGCAAUUUAAGUAACAACAAAAAGUUGUGUAAAUGAUCUGAUAUAUUUUGAAUACAACGAGUUGAUAUAUAUAGGAUCUUAAAUGAGUUUUCAUUUCAUAUGAGAUUCUAUGA